UCAAUUUUUUCAAAUUCAACGCACGGCAAUAUGUGAACAACGACUGCCAAGUCAAAGAACUUGGUUUAUUUGGGUGGCCUGUCUAUCUCUCUUUAUACAGGCCCUUCCCUGUUGCAGAAACCCACAAUCGAUCAGACUACUUCCUUUCCAAAACCCCGGUAUUGAUAGUAAUUUCUGUUUUUCAAUGUCACUCAACGCCCAUUUGUUUUUACUCUCUACCUUCACCACUAUCGGUCUUAUUGACUGUUCCAGAGUAUUCACGUCCACCCAAAUUCUAUCGCCUUGGUCAUCAUGGCUACUUCUCCAACCGAAAGCACUACCUCAAGCACUUUUGAUCACGAGGCCAAGGAGCUCUGGCCCGAAUGGAAGCACUCAUUUGGGAAGCACCUUCCGGUCUUUCUUAUCCCGAACCUCCAAGAUGAUGAGAACUUUGAGGAAUGGAGAUUUAUGGCGCAUACCAAGCUCUGUGCCUUCAAUCUCAAGGGCUUCAUCGAGGGCACGGAGACACCUCCUCAAGGGGACGACAGCCGCAUUGCCAGAUUGAACCGAAAGGUCUUUGCAGAAAGAAGGCAAUACGCCUUUCGGAUCAUCUACGACAGCAUCAAUCCCAUCUUGCAACAACUCAAGUCCAGUGGGCAUUGGACCCUUGACACCAACGAUCGCGAUCCCAAAGUCCUGUGGGAUGCUGUUCAUCGCUGGGAUGUCGACCGUCCCAUAACCUACAAAUGCCGUCUUAUGGAGGAACUCGCCGACAUCUGCCACUGCCAACAUAAUUCAGACAUUCUCGCCUACCGCGAUAGAGCUUUCUGGCUUCGCACGCGUCUCAAGCGGAUGGGCACGCCGAUUGCGGAUCAACUUUACAUGGGCUUUCUGGUUAAAGGCCUACAGACUUAUGAUUCGAUCUGGGCUGAUUACCUGUACAAGCAAAUCGAGGAUGGAAGUCUCAAUCCCUCUCAGCUUGAAGUCGACAUUGGUAGCCAAUACCCCUUUUACAAGAAAUUGAGAGAGCGCCGCGAAGAUGACCUCAAAAACAAUCUCCUCGAACUUGAAUCACAGAUCAGGGGUCAGCCGAAGAACAAGAGGCGCCGCAAGGCCAAAGACCAUCGUUCGGGUCCUAGCGGCGUCGUCAAAAGGUGCUCUAAUCGACAUUAA